AUGGAGACCUUGAACAGCCAAGAGCAGCUGUCCGAGCGAGCCAUCGAGGCUGCUCUCCUGGCGACGGACUUCCCGAAUGGGGUUAUGGUGGCGAGGGCUUCUGGAUACGGGAGUUUUUACGACCAGAGGGAGUACGAGGAUGGCAUGGCGAUGGAGAUCGACCAAGACGCUAAUAUAAUUCUUUGCCAUGUUCAUACAGGAGUAGCAUCACAGCACUGGGUUGGGGUGGUCGUGUACUUUGGUCACGAUGAUGAUGGGGACGAUACUAUUAGUCUGCAGUUAUUCGAUUUCUCUCGGCGGCAAGGCGACGUAUGA